AUGGAAGAGCGUUUGCGUCUUUGGCUACGCGGAUGCGCUGUGUUUGGCAUCUACGUGAUUCCCCUAAAGGAAUACAAUACAGCGCCGGACUGGCAACGACUGUCACGAAUGAAGAAUAGUAGGCAAUUGGCUUGGGCUGAAGAGAAGGCUACGAGCCCGAUUUAUUUGCUGCAGCGUCUGUAUUUGGCGGCGCUCGCUGUAAUCGUUUGUGUGCUCUACUUACAUGGCUUGUACGCGCGUGAGAUUGAGCACGGGUUCGUGCUCACUUGGUUGGCCGCGACUUUGGUCUACACAUCCCAGGUGUUAACACAUCUAUCCAUCUUCAUGGCGGCGCUGUGGAAGCGCGAUCAGCAUGAGUCAUUUCUACAGUUGUUGCAGCAAAUCGAAGUGUCGCUGAAGUUGCGUUUGAAAUGCAAUACACGACAGAGCGCGCUGCGGCACAGUUUACGUCUGUUGCUCUUGUCUUUGGUACUAUUGUCGGUGGUGGGACUUUGCGUAUUCACCACUGUCUCGGUGUGGCUUAACGAUAUUGGUUAUUACUGGCAUGCCGCUUGGACCAUUGUUACGUUACGCGUACGCAUACUACAGCUGUUGAUUUACGCGCGCAUCUUGCGCCACUAUUUGGAAUGUGUGUGCGUCAAGCUGCGACAGGUAGUCGCUUGCCGCACAUCGCCCGCCAGCCAGCUGUUGGAUAUUAACUAUGAAAAGCUCGAGUCUUUGGAGUUUCUGCUGGCCAUUAAAGAUAAUUAUGCGCUGAUUUUCAAAGCUGUGCAGCUUUUGAACGACUUUGCCGGCUGGUCACUCUUUGGCAUCAUUUCGGGUUACAUGCUAGAUUUCACAUGUCACGUCUAUUGGUCGUUGCUGGGCUUGGAUGGUUAUGGUUCGCCUUACACUUAUAUAGUAGGCAUGCCGGCGGUUUUGCCAUUUAGCGUGAUAGUUUGUCAUCUGUGCUAUGUUUGUGGCAAUUGCAAACAGUUGGGUGUCGUCAUAACAGAUUUGGUAAGCAAACUGGCUACUAUGAGAUCAACGCCGGCGCUGAAACGCUACAGCGGUGUAGUGUACCAGUUCUCCACACAAUUACAGCUGCAACGUAUCGAGGUGACCGCUCAGCAUUUCUUUGUAUUGGACUUGCGCUUAAUUAUGUCGAUUUCCACAGCGAUUGCAACGAAUCUUGUGAUACUUAUACAAUUUUUAAAAGCGGAGAAAUCAGAGAUCUCUGGAGCCUAA